CGUGGUUCUCCUACUAAGAAACAAAUCAGGAAUUUGUUGCUGUACUCAGAAUUGAGUGAGAAACCAUGAAAUCCCUGACCGAGGGAAACUUAGAAGAUUGCCUACUGAAAAAGGUGGACUUGAGGCGCCAGCUGAUUUCCCAGAUUAUGGAGGAGAUACAGAAAGUCGUCCAUCGUUUGACCACAGAAAUCAGCCACCAAGACGUUAGAUUUCAAGCCAUCCCUUACUCUGACACUUACAAUGGGAACAUUAAGGUUUUGACCCCCAGCCACUUCCUUGUCACAGUACCGGUGAAAGGCCUGGCCGGGUACAGGGAGGCCAAGAAGCGGCACUGGCGGUACUACACCCUGCAGGGGGGCAGGCUCUGUGCCCCUGUGCGGAGCCCAGAGGACCAUCAGCAGUGGCUGGAAGUGAAGCAGUUUAUGAAGAGCCUGUGGCAGUGGCAUGAGGCAGAUGUGAACAUCGAGGGUGACAUCGUGCCUGGCAAGGUCCUCCAGGUGUUCCAGAAGCUGGUAGAAAAUGCAAUUAGAACCUGUCACGUCUCCGGUAAAGUCAGCAUGUUAGAGAGUUACGGCUCUGUGGUUUGGGUUGCCGUGGAAACAUCUGCAUGUCAGGUGGAAGUAGAGCUGGUCCCCGCAGUGGAGAUCCCCACCUCCUGGUCUGUGAAAGCCCGGUGGCCCCGAUGUCUGAAGCGCUGGCCUGCCCCAGACAGAGUGGAGUGUGUCAAGUCGUUUGGGUUUGACUUGUUGGCCCGUGCAAAUUAUCACUGGCAGCUGAGCUUCUGCAGGGCAGAGCAAGUGAUGCUGGAGCUGCUGGAUGAGGACGGGGGCUGCCGCAGGAAGUGCUUCCAGGUCAUGCGGCAGAUGAAGGAGGAUGUCUGGUGUCCGGGGAAGAGGCCGGUUCUCACAUCCCACCAUCUGCAGACAGUGCUCUUUUGGACUUGUGAGAAAUACCCUCACUCCAAGGACUGGAAGGUUUUCAGCAAAUCACUCCUGCGCCUGGUACAGAAACUGCACAAGUGUGUGAGCCAGCACUUUUUGAGACACUAUUUCGUGCGAAAGAGCAACCUCCUUCGGUAUGCCAACUCGGUUGAACUGGAUGCUGUAGCUCAAAAACUGGCCACCUUCCUGAAGAACCCCCAGAUCAACCUGCCCUGAGGGCAGCCCCUGCGCAGAAGGCUCUUGGACAUUUCAUAUGGGCAUGACCGCCCUCUCUAUGGAUCAUUCCUCAGUCCAGUGCCAGGAUCUUGCCCAGGAGAUAGGCUAACUACCACAGAGGAAAUUCUGUUGAGUCAGUCACACUUACAAGUGGACAUCAGGGGAAAACUGUCCCAUGAUGUCUGAUUCAGGUCUACCCAGAGCCAAUCAAGCAUUUCAGCUCUCACUACCUCUCUUGGGGACAGCUCUCAUCAAGCUUCCCCAAGUCACAGAUUAUGAACUGAUGACAGUUCUGAGUUUAUUUUCCCUUGCUCAGGCUCUGAUGAUCUGCCAGGGAGGAUGGGGACGAGAACCCCCGGAGGCAGGCAUUAACCUGCUGCCCAGAAGUAGUUCUCCAGGUUACUGACCACAGGCUCAUUAUUUUUCCAUUUGUAAAAUGGGACUGUGAACAUGCCUCCCUGCAUACUCGUUCAGGGCUUUGAGCCUAUGGGACUGUGCUGGUGCCCUUCCAAGGGAAAGGCAGCGGAUCAACACAAAGUGUUACUACUUGGUUUAGUAGCCAGUGUUUGCAUCCUAGAGUCCCUGGGUGGUGCAAACAGUUAAUGAGCUGGGCUGCAAACCAAAGAAUGGAGGUUCGAGGCCACCCAGAGGUACCUCAGAAGAAAAGUCUAGCAUUCUACUUCUGGAAAAUCAGCCAUGGAAAACCCUGCGGAGCACAGUUCUACUCAGACAUACAUGGGGUCACCUUGAAUGGGAAUAGAAGCCAUGGUAACUGUUUGUUUGGUUUGUAUCCUGGAUCAUUAUCUACACACCUGAUUAAAUGAUAAGGCCUGUUGAGUUAGCAUGCCUGCUACCUUAGUUUCCUAGGGCAGCCACAAGAAAAUACCACAAAGUGGGUGGCUUUAAAGAUAAGAAAUUUACUUUUUUACAGUUCUGGAGGGUAGAAGUCAAAAUUCACAGUAUGGGUAGGGCUGUGCUCUGUCUUUCGCUGUGUUGGCUCCAAGGGGAUGGUCCUUCCUUGUAUCAGCUUCUGGUCAUUUCUUGGUGUUCCUUGACACACAGAUCUUCAUGUGGUGUCUUCUUGGUGUGACUGUUUCCGUUCCUUUUAUAAGACACCACUCAGAAGGGGUUAGGAUUAGGGGCCACCAUGCUCCAGUAUGACCAUGUUUAACUUAACUGGUAACAUCUGCAAAAAACAAAACAAAACCCAAAGUCACAUUCACAGGUACAGGGAUUAAGACUCCAACAUAUCUUUUUGAGGGGACACGACUCAAUCCAUAAGACCUGUGUUUCAUUUUCUGCCCUCCAUGCUCUCCCAAGCAGUGGUUUGUGGCUGGCUCUGCUUCCCUGGUGUUCUCAAAGUAGGGAAACACGGAGACAGUGAUUUAGACGGCUAGUGUAAGCCACAGAUGAAAGCGUGACUCUGGCAGCCUGAUCCAAGCCACCGCCCCCUCUGCUUCCUGUGCCAUAAGACAAGGAUGGAGCUUCCUUAUAAUUACGGAAUGGGCUGUGUGCUGGGAUCUGCAUGGAAUGGCUUUGAUGUCACUCAUCUCUCUCUCAAUGCAUUCCUUUGCUCACCUCACUCACUCGCUGAUAAAUGUGUGCCUGUUAGGCACUGCGAAUACAGCAAGGGCAAGAUGGACAAGGACUUACCCUGAUGGGGAUGAUGCCUAAGGAUGGAGACAGGAAAUGAACAAACACAAUUAUUACAGAUUUCCGGCCAACGCACCUCAAGUGCAGCCACCAUCUGUCUGUCAGUGGAGGCUUGCGUGUUACUACGGUGCUGAACAGGUUUCUGUGGAGCUUCCAGACUAAGAUGGACUAGGAAGAAAGGCCUGGUGAUCUACUUCCAAAAAUCGGCCAGUGAAAACCGUGUGGAUCACAAUGGCCCAAUCCAAAACUGGUCACGGGAAUGGUGCAGAAUCCGGCAGCAUUUUAUCUGGUGAUGCGUGGCGUUGCCAUGAGUUGAGAGCCGACUCCAUGGCAGCUAACAACAACAAUAAGUGCUGUGAAGGAAGUAAACAAAAUGUUGAAAUAAACAGAAUGUUGUGCCUCCUGAAAUAAAACAAGAAGCUACCAUGUAAGCUGAGAUUUGAAGGAUCCCUAUAGGGUCACUAUGAGUCAGAAUCGACUCCAUGGCACAGCGUUCGGUUUGUGUUUGGUUUAAAGAAUGCAAGUGCAGACAGCUGGAGGGGAAGGGAAGGGGACCGACAAAAGGCCUGGAGGGCUUGGCAUGGGUCACUCCACAGCAGCCUUGUAAAGCUGAUAAGGGAUCUCUAUUUUAGUCUAAUACCAGUGGUUUGGUAUUUAGCCUCUGCCAAACUAGAGGGGGAGCCCUGGUGGUGCAGUGGUUAAGAGUAUGGCUGCUAACCAAAAGGUUGGCAGUUCGAAUCCACCAUCCACUCGUUGGAAACCCUAUGGGGUAGUUGUACUCUGUCCUGUGGGGCUGUGAUGAGUCGGAAUCAGAUCAACUCGUUGCCAACAGGUAAACUAGAGGGGUAUUAUGAUCUGAAAUGCAUUUUAAAUGAUCAUGUGGCCACUCCUAAAGAGGGCCUGGGGCUCACCCAAAAGUCAGGGCACCGAAGGCCCUGGAGCGCACCUAUUUUGAAUUCACUGAGACACCUCAAAGCCACACAUCCUGCCCAGCAGAGAUGACUGGGAAUUGGUAGAGUUCUCAAUGAGAGUAAUGUUUUUUUCCUAGAAUUUAUUUAUGCUUUUUAACUCAAGGGAGUCCUAUAUUACUUUUGAACAUUUUGUCCCAAAUAUAUAACAAAGGAAAUUUUCUAAAAGCGUGAACUACUGAUUUGUUUAAUAAGAAGUUACAUUUGAAAAUAAAAAUAAAUAUUCUUGCAAAAGCACUGUAACCAGAUGGUGGGGUCCUUGGGUUUUCAAUAAGGAAAUCAUGGUUUUAAAAUAUUGGGGGGGAAGAGCCUUUCCAAGCAUAUAGUAAGUGUACAAUUUUUGAAAACACUAAAUGAUGAACGAACCAGUGUUAAGUCAUCAAAACUUGCUUUUUAAUUCUCGUAUUCCUGGAUCUGGGGAAGCAUCAUUUUUGAGAAGGCGUCAGAUGAAACACGGUUAUUUAAAGGAUGAAAACAACUGAAGCAAGUUUUGAAACACCUUUAUAGUCCCAGAAUGGCAAAGAAUAAAGAUGACUGUACCAUUGAUUCAAACUGUGUGUCUGUGUGGGAGAAGUGUGGGGUUGCCAUACUCCCCCAUCAGAGCCCAGUAGGUUCUUCCACCUCUCCCCAGUAGAACUGUUUGCAUGGGAGCAGUGGUAGUUCAGUGGCAAGGACUUGGGGUUCAGUUUCCUGUCAAUGCUUUAUGAUGCUGAAGAGGUUUCGGUGGGUUUUCCUAAGACAGACUAGGAAGAAAGACCUAUAAAUUUACUUCCGAAAAUCAGUCAAUGAAAAUCGUAUGGAUCAUAAUCGUCCGAUCUGCAACUGAUCAAGAACCAGGCAGCAUCUUGUUCCCUGCAUCUCCAGAGUAGGGGCAGACUUGCUGGCAGCUAACAACAGAGCUGUUUGCAGAUUCCUGAGUGUUCCCACUGAUUGCCAGCAGAGGCCAGUGGGGGACAACAUAUGAAAAGGGCUAGAUCCUGCCCAGACUCAUUCCCAGAGCCCAGCAGGUGUCACCCCCACUCAGCCCACAACUUACACCUAGCUUCAACAAAAAAGGAAACAGGGAGAGUGGAUUCCAGUCGAUGUUUUAAUUGUUGACCUUUGCUGCCACUCUGGCCAGUCACAGUCUUUUUGCCUAAAGCUCAAACAGAUUUUAUUUCUAUGAGGAAAGUCUAUCCUGGAGACUGUGGAGCACCCAGCUCCAUUCUGCUUCCUGGGACAGAUUGCACAGCUCGGAGAAGACUGAUAUUCUCACUCCUUUACUUUGGUCAGCUUUUUCUUUUAUUCUCUAAUACACUUUCCAUCCGCGACCACCCUUCCAAGCACAGGACUACAUUUCAUGCCAACGGUUGAGUAUGCAGGCACUGCAGUUGACCUGCUAGCAUUUAAGUCCCAGCUCUGAGGCUGCCUAAUAGCAAGUUGUUUAACCUUGAAAAAUCUCCACUUCCUUACCUUGAAAAUGGGCGUCCUGAGAGAAUACAUAUCUCAUAGCUUUGAGGAGAGGGACACAUGAAAAAAUGGAUUGAAAGCUCUUACUUUAGUACCUGUCACAGUUGUCUCAGUUACCUACUGCUGCUGUAACACAAAUACCACAAGUGGGUGGCUUUAAAGAACAAAUUUAUUUCCUCACAGUUCUGGAGGCUAAACAUCCAAAUCCGGGUCUCGGCCAUGCCGACUUCUUCUUUGUCAGUAGGCCUGGGUAUUCCUUGGUUCUUUGGCUUGUAGUCGUCCUCACACGGUGUCAGUCUUCCCCCGUGUGUGUGUAUGUGUGUGUCUAUUCUGCACUUUUUAUAACUUGGAAGUGAUAAGAUUUAGAAGCCACUCUACUAAGGUAUGACCUACUUAAUGUAACAAAGAAAACCCUAUUUCACAGCAGGAUCAUAUUUAUAGGUACGUUCUUAUCAGAUGCCAUAAAGUCAGUUCCGACUUAUAGUGACCCUGUGUACAACCGAAUGGAACACUGUCUGGUCCUGUGCCAUCUUCACAAUAGUUAUGCUUGGGCCUGUUGUUGCCGCAGCCACUGUGUCAAUCCACCCCAUUGAGGGGCUCCCUCUUUUUCACUGACCCUCUACUUUACCAAGCAUGAUGUCCUUCUCCAGGGACUGGUCCCUCCUGAUAACAUGUCCAAAGUAUGUGAGACAAAGUCUUGCCAUCCUCCCUUCUAAGGAGCACUCUGGCUGUACUUCCUUCAAGACAGAUUGUUCCUUCUUCUGGCAGUCCACGGUAUAUUCAAUACUCUUCUCCAACACCAUAACUCAAAGGUGUCAGUUCUUCUUUGGUCCUCCUUAUUCAUUGUCCAGCUUUUCCUUAUUCAUUUUGCAUGCAUACGAGGCGAUGGAAAACACUGUGGCUUGGGUCAGGUGCACCUUAGUCCUUAAAGUGACAUCUUUGCUUUUUAACGCUUUGAAGAGGUCUUUUGCAGCAGACUUGCCCAAUGCAAUACAUCAUUUGAUUUCUUGACUGCUGCUUGCAUGGGCAUUGAUUGUGUGAAAUCCUUGACAACUUCAAUAUUUUAUCUAUUUAUCAUGAUGUUGCUAAUUGGUCCAACUGUGAGGAUUUUUGUUUUCUUUAUGUUGAGGUGUAAUCCAUGCUGAAGACUGUAUCUGUGAUCUUCAUCAAUAGGAGCUUCAAAUCCUCUUCAUUUUCAGGAAGCAAAGUUGUGUCAUCUGUAUAUCGUGGGUUGUCAGUGAAUCUUCCUCCAAUUCUGAUGCUACAUUCUUUUUCAUACAGUCCAGCUUCUCAGAUUAUUUGCUUAGCAUACAGACUGAAUAAGUAUGAUAAAUCAUACAACCCUGAUACACACCUUUCCUGAUUUCAAUCCAUGUAGUAUCCCCUUGUUCUGUUCGAAUGACUGUCUCUUGGCCGAUGUACAGAUUCCGCAUGAGCACAAUUAAGUGUUCUGGAAUUCCUACUGUUCAUAAUGUUAUCCAUAAUUUGUUAUGGUCCACACAGUCAAAUGCCUUUGCAUAGUCAAUAAAACACAGGUAAACAUCUUUCUGGUAUUCACUGCUUUCAGCCAAGAUCCAUCUGACAUCAGAAAUAAUAUCACUCCUUCCAUGUCCUCUUCUGACUCUGGGUGAAACUUCUGGCAGUUCCCUGUUAAUGUGAUGCAGCGACCACUUUUGAAUGAUCUUCAGCAAAAUUUUAAUUGUGUGUAAUAUUGUUCAAUAAUUUCUGCAUUCUGUUGGAUCACCUUUCCUUGGAGUGUGCAUAAAUAUGGAUCUCUUUCAGUCAGUAGACCAGGUAGCUGUCUUCCAAAUUUCUUGGCAUAGACAAGUGAGCACUUCCAGUGCUGCAUCCAUCAAUUACUGGAACUUUGUUUUUUACCAAUGCCUUCAGUGUAGCUUGGACUUCUUCCUUCAGUGCCAUUGGUUCUUGAUCAUAUGCUACCACUUGAAAUGGUGGAACAUCGACCAAUUCUUUUUUUGUACACCGACUCUGUGUAUUCUUUCCAUCUUCUUUUGAUGCUUCCUGCAUCAUUUAAAAUUUCCCCUGUGGAAUCGCUCAGUAUCACAACUUGAAAUUGCAGCUUGAAUUUCUCCUCAGUUCUUUCAGCUUGAGAAACACUGAGUGUGUUCCUCUCUUUUGGUUUGCUAACUCUAGGUUUUUGUGUAUUUCAUUCUAAUACUUUGUCUUCUUGAGCUGCCCUUUGAAAUCUUCUGUUCAGCUCUUUUACUUCAUCAUUUCUUCCUUUUGCUUUAGCUACCCUGUGUUCAAGAGCAACUUUCAGAAUCUCUUCUGACAUCCAUUUUGGUCUUUUCUUUCUUUCUUGCCUUUUUAAUGUGGUUUUGCUUUCUUCAUGUAUGAUGUCUUUGAUGUCAUUCCACAACUCUUCUGGUCUUCGAUCAUUAGUAUUUAAUGAGUCAAAUCUAUUCUUGAGAUAGUCUCUAAAUUCAGGUGGAAUAUACUCAAGGUCAUACUUUGGCUCUUGUAGACUUGUUCUAAUUUUCUUUAGCUUCAACUUGAACUUCCAUGUAAGCAAUUGAUGGUCUAUUCUAAUGGCCCCUGGCCUUGUUCUGACAGAUGAUAUCGAGCUUUUCCAUCAUCUCUUUCCACACAUGUAGUCAAUUUGAUUCCUGUAUAUUUAUAGGUAUACAGGCCAGGAUUUCAACACAUGCUUCUGAGAAACACAAGUCAGCCCAUAACACAUGGGGUAACUGCUGAAUAAAUGUUUGUCACUUUAGAUGCCACCCCCUUCAGGCCAUUCAUUCACCUCAGCCAUUCUCAAUAACUUCCCCACCCCAUAUAUAAAUUCCUCCCAGAGGAAACAGAAACCAUUAUAAGGAAAACAUGCACAAAAUUCCACUGCAAAUUCUUUAAGUUCAUCUUUUCCUCUGAAAGUCCAGUUCUUCCAGCUGUGAUGGAACUGAUCCCUCCCAGCUUCCUGGUGACAUCUUCCAUUGCUUAUUCCUAGCUACUGCCUGUCUCUCUUGCCCAUUUCACUGUGCAGCUUCCUGAGUCAUUUAUACAUGUUGUCGCCACUUUCUCACCUUCCUUUUACACUGUUUUUUUUCAAUUGUGAAAAAUACCAUACAUACAAGAGUCUAAACUGUUUAAAGAACAAUAAUAAAAUAAAAUGAAUACCCAUAUACUCACAACCUAGGUGAAAAAAUAGCACAUUGCCAGUUCUUUAGAACCUCCCUACGUGUCCUCUCCUCCCUUACAUAGGUAAUCGUGAUUCCAAAUUUUGUGUCAAUCGUUCUGCUGCUUUUCUUUUAAACUCUCUUGGCAUAGUGGUUUAACGCUAUGGCUGCUAACCAAAAGGUCAGCGGUUUAAAUCCACCAGGCACUCCUUGGAAACCCUAUGGGAUGGUUCUACU